AAUAAAAAAGCAUCUUUUAUAAACUGAUGCUAAAGAACGUGUGAUCAAACGUCAAUGAUGGUCACGCAUACCGUCCUGAAUCAUCACUCAAAUGAGGAUACUCACCUCCCUUUUAUUCAACUCCCGCAAUUAUCUUUUUCUUUCUUUUUAAUUAAUGCGUUCACUGAUAACUACAUUCUUAUUCAUCAGUCUUUGUCAUUUGUCACUUGGACAAACGAUAAAGAACAUUGUUGUCUUUGGAGAUUCAUAUUCUGAUGCUGGAAAUCAUCAAAAGUUGACCAAUGGACCACUAUGGAGUCAAAACCUAGCAACCAGUUGGGAUGCUAGUUUAUACAGUUUUGCAUUUAGUGGAGCAGUAUGCAGCAAUAGGAUGUAUUCAACCAAGCAAUUUAUACCAAGCAUUGAAGAUCAAAUAGAAAUGUAUUAUAAUCAAUCACUUCAGUUGAAUCCUGAAGAGACUAUUACGAUAUUUUGGGUCGGUGUGAAUGAUAUUUACCAUAUAUAUGAACAAGACGAUGACGACAAGGGUUCCAAAUUGAAAAAAGUAGUCGAUUGUAUCAGUACCAAUAUUCGCACGGUUCGUCGUGUCUUUUCAACAAAUCGAUAUAUCGUCUUUGGUAUCCCACCCUUGGAAAAGAUGCCAUACUUUACGGAUAAGCCAGAUAAGGAAAUUAAAGAGCAUGCAGCGAAUAUGCUGAAUGAAUAUCUCUCGAACGAAGUGCAAAAGUUGAACAAACAUAUCGAGCAUCUUAAGCUGGACUUUAUGGACAUUCAUCGCUUACUUGAUGAUAUCGUAGCUCAGCCUGAUUCUUUUGAACUCAAGAACGCAGUAGAUCCUUAUUGGGAUGUCUGUCAGGGACAAUGUAUGGAUGAUGUCAAUAGUUAUGUCUGGUGGGAUAAAGUUCACCUGACCGGUGGUGUUCAUCGACUGAUUGCUGAAAGUAUCUUGCAGUCGUCAAAUGAGGGCGCGCAUCUGCCUGAGUUAGAACAAGUCAACAAGAUGAUUGAGCAAACGAAAUAUAGAUCACCCCAGUACCAACCAAAGGCACAGACGGGUUUGAUGCAAAAGUUGAUUGAAAAGAUGCAGAAAGAAAAGGAGACAACAAAAGAACAAGAAAAAGAACUAGAAAAAGAUGAACAAGAGAACAGCAGUAAUUUAAGCUAUUACGUUUACUUUGGCAUCUCUGCAACCGUGAUCGUCUGUAUUGGGUUCAUCUUGUUCAAUAAGAAAAGUAGUAAUAGAGCAAGUCAGUUGGCUUCACUAUCUAAUCUACUCAAGAAAGAUGACAGAGGCAGAUUUGUUCCUCUACGUAAUAUGGAUUCUGAUGUUUAAAAAGUGUCCCAAAAGUUAAAUAAAUUAUUAGAUAUCCAAAGCCUUUAUAUUUGACAACAAACCGUUUCUC